CCUUUGAAAACACUUUUGCUGUUAUACGUUCAAAAUCAGGUGCAAACACGAACUCCACUUUCCGUCAAUUUCAGGCUGCGUUCAGGCACCUCUUGAUUAGAAACCUAUUCAAGCUGUCAGAAAAAUCAAACUGUGCUGAUGACAUGUCUCUCCUUGCUACGUUCCCAGCAGGCCUUUUGGCACCUUCUCCUCGUAUUGCCUUAGGAAGCACAGUUUUUCUUACCACGGCAGACGAUUCGCCUUCAAACUACCCUUUGACAAUAGAAGAAAGCAACAUGGUUUAUUUUGCUGGGUGGCUGGCAUCGAAAUUCCUCAAGGUUCAUUCCUGUGUAGGAACAUCCCAGAAAUAUGAGUUGAGGACAGAAAAUGCGUGUUUUUCUGAGGGAAAUCAAGUGCUCUUGUAUUUGAGUGUGAAAGGAACUGCCGACUCCCACUUUGGAAUCCUCUCAGUUCCUUCUGCUUCUUUCAUAUUGUUUGUUGAAGCUUGUGAGGAAGUCUUCGAGACAUGUAUCAACAACCUAAUUUCAAAGGAGAACGUAGGGCGGACUCUUUGUGUCCUUUUUAACCAGAAGAUUUCAAAGUCUCUGACUGUAUGUGACGAAAGUGUUUAUGAUAAUUUGUUUUCUCUGAUUGCCAGAGUCAUUGUGCACUGGUUCGCGAGGAAAAAAAAGGCUGACUAUUUGUUACAGUAGUAAAGUGUAAAGCUAGGCAGCAAGUGCGCAGACUACGUAUGUGAGACCACCUAGAGUACUUUUUAAAGCAGUGCAGGCAUGUUCUAUUCGAGCCUUUCAU